UCACACAGUAGAUCAGAAAAACCCUUUCUAACCCUCACCUCUCUCUCUCUCUCUCUCUCUCUCUCACCCAAAACGUUUGCAUUUCUCUUCAUCAACAACCAUCUCAGUUCUCACCCGGAAACACUCCAAACCCUAGAUCUUCGAAACCCAGAAAGCAAACCCUAAUUGUUUCAAUUGAAUCGUCAGAGGUAAAAAAAAAAUGCCUAAGGUAAAGACUAAUCGAGUCAACUACCCAGAAGGUUGGGAACUAAUCGAGCCUACUCUUCGUGAACUGCAAGCAAAGAUGAGAGAAGCUGAGAAUGAUACUCAUGAUGGUAAGAGAAAAUGUGAAACCUUAUGGCCUAUUUUCAAAAUAGCACAUCAAAAAAGCCGCUACAUUUUUGACCUUUACCAUCGGAGAAAAGAAAUUUCCAAGGAAUUGUAUGAGUUCUGCCUGGACCAAGGUUAUGCUGACCGCAAUCUAAUUGCUAAGUGGAAGAAGCCUGGUUAUGAACGCCUCUGCUGUUUGAGGUGCAUGCAGCCUCGGGAUCACAACUUUGCCACCACAUGCGUCUGCCGAGUGCCCAAGCAUCUGAGGGAGGAGAAGGUUAUAGAGUGUGUGCAUUGUGGCUGCAGGGGCUGUGCCAGUGGAGAUUGAUUGCUGGUCUCUUCAAAUUUUCCUAGAUUAUCCUUUGUACGAUGUAUGCCUUUAACUGACCUUGAACCUUCUCAAGCUGGGACUUGUAUUAGUAUGUCUUCUCUUGCAAGAUCAAAUUGUUGUGAUGUUUAACUAACUGCAACUUGAAAGCUAAAACAAGGCAUGCCUUGCGACUUGCAUGAUUUGAUUUGUUUGUCAUGGGUUUGCUUAUUGAUAAUUUUGUGUGAA